AGGACGCUCUCAUUCUGCCUGGCAGCUGAGAGACAUUUUUGCAGCUAGGUCUGGUGCAGAUCACUUUCCAUGGAGCUCCCUGUCAGCGCUGUGGUCUUCCUCUUCUUCUCCUACCAUCUCUGUGGUGCAGAAGACCGAAAACAUAAUGCAGUCCUCACUGUGUCCAAUGGAGGGAACGAUGGUAUAUGGGGAAAACCUGAAUUCUGUCCCACGGGAUAUGCAAAUGGAUUCCAAAUGAAGUUUUGCAGAGAUGUAAACGAAGCCUAUAGAAAAGAUUUCACUCUGAAGGGCAUCCGUCUCCACUGCACUGAUGGGAAAACAGUAGAGUCUAAAAGUGGAAAGCUCGGGGAAUGGGUUGCGGUUCAGAAAUGCCCCCAAGGCAACAUGGUGUCCUUUUCUUUGACUAUUGAAUUACCACAACCGCUAGUUCCUCAUGCAGUCAGUAACCUUGAGGUCCUCUGCAGUGGUGGGGCUAAAGUGAAGAAAGAUAUCUUUGAACGGAUGGAAGAGGGCAAAAUGAGCAAGCGCUGCCCUAGGGGCUUCAUAUGUGGCAUCCAAACAAGGGUGGCGAAUGAGAAUCAAAUGCUUGGCAAAGUAGAACUUCGUGACGUGAAGAUGUUCUGUUGUGACUGAUCCACCGCCCUGUUGCACAACCCUCUUCCACUGGCAGUAGAGGAUGGCAGGGUGGAGUGGUGGUGCUUACCUGGCCUCCUGACAGCUGAACUGCCGCUGCUUGCUGGAAGGGAGAGGGGCAAGUCAUUGGGGAGCUUGGUGUGGUGCAAACACACUGGCAGAGCCAAUCCAGUACUCCUGCUGGUGUGUUUGCACUGUGCCGACUGCUUCUCUUUCUGUCCUUCCUUGUGAGCAGCAGUGACUCGUCUGUUGGAGGGGUCACCGAUUCCCCACCCCCUGAAUGAGAUAAAGGGAUUGUAUUUAGACAGAAUAUAGCAUGAUUUUGGAAAUCUCUGGGGUCUCUUUCAACUUUCAAGUAUAUUUAGGCUGCUUUAAAAAAAAAAUCAAGCUUGCUUAUAAUGUAGUAGUCAUGCACCAGAUCAUAAAAACCAGCUAAGUGAUUCUCUUGUUUCAAUUAAGUCUUAAAAUAUUACACACGCUAACCCUCAUGUUAUGUUUGGGGAAAAUGUUUGGUUCAUUCUCUGUAUCAUUUGAGAUACAUUUCGCUAUAGUUCACUCUUUUGCUGUUACAGUAAAACUCAUUGAAAAUAUUAAUAAAAAAGACAUUCACCAGACAAAUAUAUUGAACGCCGGAAUGACGUUCAUUUAGGAAUCACCGGAAUACUGAAUUUUCUGACAGCAUAGACUAUAUAUGUUAUUUUCUUUUACUGAAUUCCUUUUGAUUAUUUCUCUCAUACACAAGUACAGGAGAGACAUCUUUCUAUAAUAUCAUUGAUUGCCUGUUCUGUUCUUUCACCAAUAAAAAUGAAACGAAAUGAA